UCUCAUUCUCUGCUUCCUUCUUUCCCCCUCCUCUGCUCCCUUUCUCCUUACCCUCCUCCUCCCCCAUCCCCUCCCCACCUGAAAGGAGGAAAAUGUAUUGAGUCUUCACUGGGUAAGUUCUCUGACCUUAGAAGUUUUUCUUGGGGUGUAAGGGCUGCUGGAGGGGGUGGUGUCUGACUGGGAGAUGACUCCUACGGAGGUAUCUGCAGAACAGGUAUAGCAGUCCUUGGAGACAAGACGUCAGGAAUGGACCUCUGCAGCUCUAGCUCCCACAUCUGGAAGCACCCUCUGAGGUCUCUGGAUUCAGCCCUGGUUACCAGCUUCCUGCUGACUGCAGAGAAAGAGAGAUGCUGGGGUUGAAGCAGCUGCUAGAUCCUGCAGAUCUUGUGGUCCUCUGCUCCAGAUAACAGGAAAGGGCUGGUUUUCAGUUUCCCAGCCAUGUGGAUAUGCCUGUAAGGGCAGACAUGUCUUGUAUGUUUCCCUGUGAGCAUGUGAGAGUGAACAAUAUAUAUGCCUGGACUGUGGAAAGUCAGCCUGUGUGUGUGUGUGUGUGUCCUGUAAUAUGGGCACAGGGCAUGCAUGUCAGGGCUGAAUGUCAGGUAUGUACACAGAAUGUGUAUGGCACACAUGUGUAAGGUUUGUAAUGCCUGUGUGGGCAGUCAUUGUGGGUCAGGUACAAUUUUUGGUUUGUAUUUUUGUGUGUGCAUGUGUAUACCUGGAUGUAUGCUCAGCACAGGUGCAUUACAUGUGUGUAGGCACAGGAGCAUUGUGUGUGCAUGUGUGCUGUGUGGGUACAGACAUGUGCUCUAUGCUACUUGUGUAUAGCUAUGUGUGACGUGUGGCCUGUGUACAGCUGUCUGUUGUGUGUGGGUAGCAUCUGUGGAGGCACAGCUUCUUCAUGAGCCCUGCUUUGUUCUGAUGCUCUGCUCCCUGUCCUGGGGGCUGUAGUACUGCUGUGUGGCUGUGCAUCAGGUUGAGCAGAAGUGGAUAAGCACCUGGCCCUGGGUGAGUUGAUCUGUUGCCUGCUCCAGGUCAUUUUAGGGUUUAUUUUAGGCAUGCUGAGCUUAGCAUUUGUCUAUAUGCCAAACACACUGAAAGGGAGCAAGCGCUGAUGUGUGUGGGUGAGUAUAGUGUGCGAUGUAUGUAUGUGUGUAUCUGUUGAGUGUGCUGUAUAUUGUAUACUGUGUGUGUAUGAUGUGUUGCAUAUUAUAAGGUGUAUGUUUGUGUCUGUUGUAUCUUGUCUUCUAUUUGUGUGUAGUGUGGUAUUUGCCUGGAUUUUGCACUGUGUGUCACAUGUGGCAUGUAUGUGGAUGUGUUCUCCGAGCUGAACCACAUUUUGUUCUUGGGUUGGUGCCUGCCCUAUGUGGAUCCCAGCACAACCCCUUUGUGGUCAUCCCCAGGGAGCUGGUACUCCAUGAUUCUCAGAACUCAUACCACUUCCUCCACUUGGCCCUCUAUGCCCUCAGCCUCAGACACUUGAUAUCUGCAGGUAAAUAGAGGCUCAAGGGCUGCUCCUGCUGCUCCCGGCUUCAGGCUCGGCAGCGGAGCCCUCCCACACUCAGCCAUAGGCUGGGACCCCAUCAUGCAUUUUGGAACAUUAUAGAACUGCAGCAGCAGCAGCUGUGUCCCAAGACAAUUCUCCACAUGGUGGCAGAACCAUCCAUCUCCCCAUGCUGAUGGCUGCUGUAUUUCCGCCUCCAGCCCUGACUCUGGAGCUUCCUCGAUGCUUCCCCAUUCUGCACCGCAGUGGAGGGCCCUCAGUUUCUUAAAUCCCAGCCUCUCCAAUAUGCAUCCACCUGACCCCUACAUCGACUCCUCUCUUGGUUUUCCCACCUGAGCCCUGUGGAGCAUCUCCACACUCCCUAGAGUCUGCCCUGAUGCUAUCCAAUGCCCUGUCAUGCUAUCUCCUGAGAGAGACCCUGAUUUGUCCUUAUCCCUGCUACUGCCUGGAUGCUCGAGCCCUGAUCCCUCUCAUCUGACUAUCAAACUGGCCUGCUCGUCUCUGCCUGUGCCUCUACUGACUUUGCUGGGAUCUGUGGGUCCCCGGAAACCCUUUUAAAGCUGCAUAUCAGCUGCUUUAAAACCCUUGGCAACUACUGCAAACCAACCAACCAACCAACCAACCCUGGUCCUGUGAGACUCACGGGGCUGUAACGGACCUUUUCCCUGCUUCCUCACUCAGCAGUAGUCACCUAGUAUCUAUCCCAUAGCCAUAAUGCAACACAUCCAACACUCUUCCCCUGAAAGAAGCUGCUGUUACCACCCACUAGACUGGUGGGGAAACCUAGACUUAGAGUUCCACACUGUUUUUAAAAGGGCUGGAAAAAUGGCUCAGUAGUUAAGAGCACUGGCUGCUUUUCCAGAGGACCAGAGUUCAAUUUCAAGUACCCAUAUGACAGCUUAAAAUUGUAACUCCAGUCCAGGGGAUCUAAUGCCCUCUUUCAGCUUCCACAGGUAUUAAGUACAGGGUCAUACAUUCAGUGAAAACACCCAUGCACAUAAAAAAUAAAAAGGAAAAAAUGAAAAAAUGAAAAAAAAGAACAGACACAGAUCACUUGUCAAGGUCAAGGCUGGGGACAUUUUAGGCUUCACUGUUUCUACGCUCCUAACAUCCCUGAGAAGCAGGUGUCUGUCCUUCCUAUCCAUGGGUGGGUGUGCUGAGGCUUAGGAAUGCUGCAGACUCAGCAGCCAAAUCCUCAUUUUUCUCAGCAGAGGGCUUGACAGCACAUAAGGUCCCCUCCAACUUCCAUGGUGGGCUGUUUCCUGCAUCCACACAGGAGAGGAAGCCUCGUGGUGGUACCACUCACUGUUAUUGGUGGAAUGGCAGAAUGCCAUGCACACUCCAUGACCUGCCCCAGUGCAGUAUACAUGCUACACAGCACCAGGUCUCUGAAUGCAGUGUCCUGGGCUGGCAGCUCUAGGAUCCACAGCCAAUAUGUAGUCCAGCCCAACCCAUGGCUGCCUCUCAGACCUUCCUCUUCCUACCCCUCCAGGCCUGCAGGGCAUCACAGAAAACGCCAGCAAGAUGGACAGCCCCAUCAAUGUCUCACUGGUUCAUGGGGAUUCCACACUGGGUCUACCAGAGUACAAGGUGGUCUCAGUCUUCCUAGUGCUCCUGGUGUGCACUAUGGGCAUCGUGGGCAAUGCCAUGGUGGUCCUGGUGGUGCUGACCUCACGAGACAUGCACACGCCCACCAACUGCUACCUGGUCAGCUUAGCUCUAGCUGACCUAAUUGUGCUGGUGGCUGCCGGGCUGCCCAAUGUCUCUGAUAGCCUGGUGGGGCACUGGAUCUAUGGACAUGCUGGCUGCUUGGGUAUCACCUACUUCCAGUAUCUAGGCAUCAAUGUCUCCUCCUGCUCCAUCCUGGCAUUUACUGUGGAGAGGUAUAUCGCCAUUUGCCACCCAAUGAAAGCACAGACUGUGUGCACCGUAGCCCGGGCCAAACGGAUCAUCGCAGGCAUUUGGGUGGUCACAUCCCUCUAUUGCCUACUCUGGUUCUUCUUGGUGGACCUCAACGUCCAUGACGAUCAGCGCCUGGAAUGUGGCUACAAGGUGUCCAGAGGCCUCUACCUGCCCAUCUACCUGCUGGACUUUGCUAUCUUCUUCAUCGCCCCCUUGGUGGUGACCAUGGUGCUCUAUGGGUUCAUUGGGAGGAUCUUAUUUCAGAGCCCAUUGUCCCAGGAGGCCCGGCAAAAGGCAAGACAACCCGAAGGGCAGGGCAAGGGUGCACCAGGCAGCUGCUCUAGGUCCAAGAGCUCCAUGUCCUCCCGGAAGCAGGCCACCAGGAUGCUGGCAGUGGUCGUAUUCCUUUUUGCAGUGCUGUGGACUCCCUACCGCACACUGGUGUUGCUCAACUCUUUCUUGGCCCAGCCUUUCCUGGACCCCUGGGUCCUGCUGUUUUGCCGCACCUGUGUCUAUACCAACAGUGCCAUCAACCCUGUCAUCUACAGCCUUAUGUCCCAGAAGUUCCGGGCAGCCUUCCUGAAGUUGUGCUGGUGCAAGGCAGCCGGGCCACAGAGGCGUACAGCAUGCAUCACUGCCAGCAGCUACAGUGCUGUCCAGGAGACCCCGCUAGGAACUGAGAAGAUGCAGCUGGGCUCUAAUGAGGCCUCAGGUCCCUCAGCAGCUGGGUCCCUGCAUUGCCAGCAAGAGCCCCAUUUCAGCGUGCUGUGAGGACUCCUGCCUGGCCUGUGACUCCUCUCUCUGUGUUGGCUUGCUUGCUGGUCUGGUUGAUAGCUGCUCUGAGCCCUGGUGGAUCGCCAGGAGAGGGACAGACAGCUCACUGCUUAUGAGUCAUCAGAGGUCCCUUUACCAUGAAGGAUGUCACUGGAAUGUUCUCAGCUGGAUCCUGUGUAGGUAGCUCUCCACUCUGAAGUGAGGCUGGUGGGAACAGGGAGGGAGCCGAAGGUCCAGUCUUCACCCCCUGUAUGACCAAAACUUUUCAUCUGUUUUCACUCAGUACUUGAAGCAUCUUUUGGAGCUUAUUAUUGAAGGAAUGUCC